AUGGCUAAUAAUGGCAAUGGCAAGUCAAAUGGAGAGAGCAGCUACUUCGGAGAGGCCUUCACGGCACCUGGACUGCCCCGCUUCACAAGGACCAUCACUGGCCACGACGAACAGGAUGGGAGCACUCGUUUCCUCGUUCGUGAUGAAGGGGACCACCAGGUCGUCAGGAAGGCUAAAGGUUUCGACUUCGAAGCAGCGCAAACGGUUCUCUACGCUACAUUUGGAGUACCGGUCGAUCUAAAAGAUAACGAUGAUAUCCGGGCCGUCCGUGAGGGCUACAAGGGAGGCCACCACAUAAAGAACGGCACAUUCGUAUCAAUGCUCGACUUCAGCCCGGGUGCGGAGACGCCGAUGCACCGUGGAGAGUCCAUCGACUACAACGUCGUGAUUGAGGGAGAGUUUGACCUAGUGCUAGACUCCGGAGAAGUAACGCGGAUGCGUAGAGGUGAUGUGAACGUCCAACGCGCCACCAACCACAAAUGGGUCAACGUUUCUGGCGACAGGAAGGAACCGGGUCGCCUGUUCAAUGUCCUGAUAGAUAUACAAUUGCCGUUAUCUGUAAAUGGCCAAGAUCUCAAAGGCUUCUCAGAAGGUUACCCUGCAGAGUUGGGCUAUGGAUAUGGUGUCGAAAGGCAUGAACAUGCCGGUAAAGCUGUGGAUGAGUCAGUAGCCACCAGUUAA